AUGGACCCGGCUUCGGGUCCGGGGUCCCGAAAGAGGGGCCGAGACCACGCCGGAGCGUUAACUGGGCCUAGCUCCGUUGAACCACCGGCAAAGCACGUCAAGUGUGCGAAGCCACCCAACGUCAUCAUCAAGCACGCGCUGCUCGCCCAGUAUUAUCCGGAAAUCCAGACGUUGCGUCAAUACGCCCUCUCAGAGCUACCCUCCUCUUCGCGUAUUCGACGGAAGAAGAUCGGAUCAGUAGGGCUUGGCCAUCUCUCUCCUAACGAAACCCCUACGGAAGAUGAGCUUGUCCUGGGUGAGCUUCUCGACACAACCAUUGUGGCGCGCCGCCAACGCCCCGAGGUUGACCACGGCCAUCGCUGGCUGCAAUGGAUCGGCUUCUCGCAGAAAGGCGACGAGUCGUACGUGACCCUCUCAGAUGGCCUCAAGUGGUCCAUCUACUCGCAGUCCGAGCAUGUUCAUGCACUGAAGCAAAGCCCUUGGCCGCAACUUCUCAUGUUGCUGGGGAAAGAAGGGGAGCGCAUCAUGAUCGAUUUAUUAGUUGACUGUGCCAUAUUCAGAUCCGUGAAGGCCGGUAAGAGGAACCUUUACCAGAUGGGCGGAACCCCCAUCUCGGAGCUCGAAACUUUACCACAGGCCAAUGGCAACGCAAAAGCUUUCCCUGUGGGUGUUGGCCAGAGAGAUGUUGGUCUCCGUCCCUCCGAAAUUUCCUUUGCCAGGAAUAGGAUGCUUUACGCCAGGGCCGCCCUCAAUGCCCGAGGUCUCGUCCAAUUCGGCCUCCGCCAUAUUCAUGUUCUGAAUCGAUUUCCUUACAAGGAAUCUGCAAAACGUGGCCAGAACCAUGAGGAUGUCGUUCAUAUCAUGAUGUAUCUAUUCCCCCGGCAAUUUGGUCUUCACAACGUGUUUACAUCGGUUGUGAAUCGAAGGCAAACGGCUCAGAAGGUUCAGGAUUAUGCGCUCCGUGAAGAAGAGAUAGCCGCCAAGUGCUCUCUGUCAGACCCCAAAAAGAAACCUGUCAAACAUGUCCCCAGGAGGCUCAGGGGCAAGACGGUGGAUCUAGUCCAACGAUUGCAGGUUCCCGGGCAAGCCAACAGUCAGAAGACGACCCAGGCGACUUCUGAUCCGGCGCUGCCGCAAUCCUCUAGGCCGCCAAACAAGUCUAAAAGAAAGGCGAACGGCCCGAAGUCGCUAGCCACACCUGUCGUGAAUAUGCAGUACGCCUCUCUUACCGAGUUAGCCACCCCGGCUGCGAGUGUUUCCGCGUUUUGCCAGGCCGUCAUCUCUCGAGUCAUCCCCAAUGAGUUUUGGGGCCAAGAGUCCAUCCAAGAGCACAAUAAAGCGUGCUUCCUAAGAAAGAUCCAUCACUUUGUUUGUCUUCGGCGCUUCGAGUGCAUGUACCUACACGAGGUGAUGCAGGGAAUGAAGGUAGGCGCAAUUACCGUACUCGCUCUCCGGCUUAUAUUGACGGUUCGGCAGAUUAAUGACAUAGAAUGGCUCAUACCGCCAGGGCUGGGCAACCACAAGAGCUCCCAGUCGGACACGCGAAAGCGAACAGAAAUCUUCUACGAGUUCUUGUACUACCUCAUCGACUCGUUCUUAAUACCCUUGAUUCGCAACAACUUUUACGUUACGGAGUCCAAUGUUGACCGGUACCGUCUCUUUUUCUUCCGCCAUGAUGUUUGGCGCUAUGUGGCCGAGCCGGCCCUAGCUGUUUUGAAAACGACUAUGUUUGAAGAGGUGAAGAUGGAGGACGCUCGCCAGAUCUUACAGUCACGGCGGCUGGGUUACUCUCACGUUCGACUCCUUCCGAAGCAGACUAAGAUGCGCCCGAUCAUGAAUCUACGGCGGCGCCCGGUUAGCGCGGUGCUCAAACUUGAGAAGACCUUGAACCCGAGCCGGUUGGGUACGUCACUCUUCUCCGUCGGAGACGUUUAUCAGCGCAUCAAGGCCUUCAAAACCGAGCUUGGCGACGGACAGCACAAGUUUUACUUCGCCAAAUCGCCCUGUCCGAGUCACCCACCGGCAGCGCCACAGACGCGAAGCCCACCCGGCGAUGGCACGCCACCGCAGCCACCAGCACCGACACGCGCCCUUUCCCCCAACGCCUCCAAGAAGACGCCCCCCUUCCGCAAGAAGAAGAACGACACCGUCUUCGUCAGCAGCGCCGCGCACACCACCCACCACGCCCGCGACCUGCUGGCCCUCACCGCCGCGCACGUCCAGCAGAACCUCCGGACACGUCUGCCCUUCCUGCUGGGCGCCGACGCUGGCGACGACGACUGCCUGCUGAUGCGGCUGAUCGAUGAUUUUUUGCUGAUUACCACCGACCGGGACAAGGCGAGAAAGUUUGUGGAGGUCAUGCAUGGCGGGCUGCCGGAGUAUGGCGUGGUGGUGAACGCGGCGAAGAGUUUGGCGAAUUUUGAGCUGGUGGUUGGGGGGGUGGAGGUGCCGAGGGUUGGGGAGGGGGCUGGGUUUCCCUACUGUGGCUUGUUGAUUGAUUGUGGGACGUUGGCGGUCGCGAAGGGGAGAGAGGGCGUGAAGGAGAGCGGCAUCUUCAAUUCCUUGACAGUGGAGUAUUCGCGCCGUCCUGGGAAGAACUUCAAGCGCAAGGUCAUCAUCAAAGACACCUUCAAAAUCCAAUCCCACCUCAUGUUCUUCGACACCUCACACAACUCGCGCCGGGGGGUUCUCGCCAACAUAUACUCGGCCUUUGUCGAAACAGCUACCAAGAUGUGGGCGUAUGCCCGAUGCCUGGCUAGUCGGCCGAGUACGGCGGUUUUGAUCGACACAAUCAAGGCACUAAUCGACGUUGCCUUUGUGCUGCUGACGAGCCGGGUCAGGAGGGAGCGGUACCCCGGCUAUGUGUGCUCUGUCAAUAAGCAGGAGACUGCUUGGUAA